AUGUCUAUUCCAAAAAGAGAUAUAGCUGCAGAACAGCUUUCAGAAUAUAGCAAAGAUCAUGAGAAUAAUAAAGAAAAAAUAACUAACACCUGGGGUGUUUCUGUUCCUGAAAAAGAUGCCAGUCUUACGGUUGGAUACCAUGGACCUAUAUUGUUACAAGAUUAUAAUCUAAUCGAUGAAAUCGCCCAUUUUACUCGAGAGAGAAUCCCUGAACGAGUGGUCCAUGCAAAGGGCGCUGGAGCUUUUGGAUUUUUUGAAGUAACUCAUGAUAUUACAAAAUACACUGCCGCUAAGGUGUUUUCGGAAAUAGGAAAGAAGACUCCAAUAGCUGUAAGGUUUUCACAAGUAGCUGGAGAAUUGGGCUAUCCAGAUACAAUUAGAGAUGUUCGAGGAUUCGCUGUAAAAUUUUAUACCGAAGAUGGUAUAUGGGAUUUGGUUGGAAAUAACUCACCAAUAUUCUUUGUUAAAGAUUGUGCUGUGUUUCCUAGUUUUAUACAUGUUAUGAAAAGAAACCCUGUUACUCACAUGCGACCUGAUUAUGAUAUGUUUUGGGAUAUGAUAACUCUACGACCUGAGACUACACACACUUGCUUAAUAUUCUUUUCUGAUAGAGGAAUUCCUAGUAGCUUUAGAAAAAUGCACGGAUUUGGCACCAAUACUUUCGCUUUCGUUAAUUCACACGGCAAAUUCUUUUACUGUAAAUUUCAUUACAGAAGUGAACAAGGUAUUGAAAAUCUUCAACCAGAAAAAGCACAAAAAUUGGCAGGGGAAGAUCCCGAUUAUCACGUCAGGGACCUUUACAAUGCUAUAGAAAACGGAGACUAUCCAUCUUGGAAAUUCUACGUUCAAAUAAUGACUCCGGAGCAAGCAGAAAAAAGCCCGUACGAUCCUUUUGAUGAUACUAAAGUUUGGUUACAUUCUGAAUAUCCUUUGAUACCCGUUGGAAAAUUCACGUUAAACAAAAAUCCAUCCAACUAUUUUGCUGAAGUUGAGCAAAUUGGCUUUGAUCCUGCUCAUCUUAUUCCAGGAAUUGAACCUUCACCUGAUAGAAUGCUCCAAGGAAGACUCUUCGCUUAUGGUGACACUCAUCGUUACCGUUUAGGUGUAAACCAUUUACAACUGCCUGUAAACGCUCCUUUUAAGGCUUCUCAUUUCUCUAGAGAUGGCCAUUCUACGCUACAUAGCCAUGGUGGAGCCCCUAAUUAUCAUCCAAACAGUUUUCAUGGACCUAGAAUUGAUAAAAGAGCCAAGGCCUUAAGUCCCGUAAUUCCUUUAAGUGGUGAAGCAAAAAGGAUCGACAAUGGCAACGAUGACAACUUUACGCAAGCAAGGCUUUUGUACCAAAAAGUUAUGAAAGAAGAUGAACGGUCGAGAAUGAUAGACAAUAUUGUAACUUGGCUAAAACCUACGAAAGAGGAGCUGCAAGAUAGAGCUAUUGACAUGUUUUCUAAAGUGGACGAAGAUUUCGGUAGAAAAAUAAGGCACCGUUUAGGAUCUUCACCUCAUAUUAAUUUGUAA